AUGCUUAUCUCUGUCUCCCUCAACUACUUCUCUGCCAUCCUGUUCCUCAUCCUCCCCUUCGCGCUCCUGGGCUUCCUCGUUGUUUUCAUCGCCAUCUACUUCAAGUGGAAGCGAGGCAUCCAGAUCUUCAUCGGCAUCAGCCUUGUGCAGUUUGUCUUGGCUCUAAUACCUUUCGUGCACAUCGUCUUUGUGCUCGAGCAAGGGUGGCUAUACUGGCACCGAGUCCUCAUCUUCCUCUUCGAGAUGGUUCUGCACCUUACCGGCGUCCUGCUGGGGAUACGCCUGCUGAUGCCUGUGGAGGAGGUGAAGGAGGAGCAGGUAGGGCUGAUAGGCAAGGUCAAGAACGCUACAUCAUCUCUCAAGGACAAGCUCGUCAACAAGAUCUACCGCAAGUGA